AUGAAUAAGCAUUGCAGAGGUGGGAACCUAAUACUUAAAUUCGAUAUUAGAAAGGCUUAUGAUACCAUCAACUGGGAUUUCAUUGAGGAAGUGUUGUAUGCUAAGGGAUUUAAUGAACAAUUUAUCUUGCUGAUACAUAGAUGGCUAAGAAAUAACUCUCAGUCUGUGUUUAUAAAUGGUAAAUCUCAUGGUUUCCUCACCUCAUCUAGAGGAAUCAAGCAAGGUGACCCACUGUCUCCAACUAUCUUCAUCAUUACUUUUGAUUUCUUCUCUAAAAUGUUGAAUCAGCUCAUGGUUUCAUCCCCUCAUACACUCUACAGUCAUAGAUCUAACAUUGCUGUGAAUCAUUUAGCAUUUACUUAUGAUGUUAUUAUCUUUGCCAAAGCAACCAAACCCGCUGUUAAAUUGGUUCUUCAAUGCCUGGAGAAGUUACAGCAAUGUUCUGGUCAGAGGAAGCAAAUGCAUUGGACCAGUUGGCAAAAGCUGUGUGGAAGCACUAGGGCUGAUGGGCUGGGUUUCAAAAGCCUCAUUCAGAUGUCUCAAAUCAAUUUUUGUAAGCUUUGGUUGAUGUUCAAAGCUCAGAGUUCUCUUUGGGCUAAUCUUUUGAAGGGCAAAUACUGUGAAGAGGUGCACCCCUCCCUUGUUAAUAAAAGACUUGGGGAUUCUAGGGCCUGGACCAAUAUGCUAAAAGUAAGAUCUCAGGUUGAAAACCUAUUCAUCUGGAAAAUUGGAGAGGGCAAGCUUAAUAUUUGGCUGGAUAAUUGGACUGGUGAGGGUUUAAUCAACACUUCAUCUAACCCUCAAUUUAAUCCUGCAACUCAGGUGGCUGAAAUAUGGUUCAAUGGUGAUUGGAAUCAGCAAGCUUUACAGAAUAUACUGGAUAACAAAACUUUACAGAAGGUUAUGAAAAGCAGCAUUGAUAGAGAAAGUAAAGAUAUCCUGAUUGUGAAAAAGAAGGUAUCCCAGUCUUUAUCUGCAGCCAUUGCUAACUUUUGUUUUCCUCAACAUAGAGACAGUUGGAGUAAAUGCGUGUGGAAUAAAUUCUUAUCCCCUUCAAUGUCAUUUUUCUCUUGGAGAUUACUCCAUGGCUUUCUGCCCACAGAUGAUAUACUGAAGUUAAAAGGUUUGAGAGGUCCUUCUAGAUGUGGGUUAUGUAAAUCCCAAGAGGAAACUAUUAAGCACUUAUUUUUCUAA